AUGACUAUUCCCAGGUAUUUAAACAAGAAUCAGUUAACUUCAUUGCUUGCUGGAAUACUUCGCAACAACCGAAAACUCUACUACUUGAAUUUAAGUAUCAAUCAACUGAAAUCUUUGCCUGAAGGAAUCUUUGAUGCUCACCAAAAUCUCGCUUAUUUAUAUUUGUUUGGCAAUCACUUGAUUUCGCUACCGGCUGGAAUCUUUCAUAACAACCCAAAACUCUCUGCUUUGGCCUUGGAUAAUAAUCGCUUAAAGUCGUUGUCCAUUGAUCUCCUUAACAACAACACAUUUCUGAAAUCACUUUCAUUGGAUAAUAAUCAACUAACGUCACUGCCUCCAGGAUUCUUUGAUAGAAGUAAAUUGCUCAGGGGAUUGUCUUUAAAUGGGAAUCAUCUGGAUUCAUUGUCUGAUGGGAUUUUUAAUAACAACGAACAGCUCAAAGAUUUGCAUCUACAUUUGAAUCGACUGACUUCUUUGCCAGAUGGGAUUUUUCGUAACAACCAACAUCUUACUAAAGUGUAUUUAACUUCCAAUCCGAUAGCGUUCCUUCGUCCUGGUGUUUUUCGUAAUAAUGGCCAACUCAGUGUACUGUUAUUGAAUGAUAUGAAGCUGAAGUCAUUACCUUCCGGAAUCUUUGAUAACAACAAACAAUUAACGACAAUUUCAUUAAAGAAUAAUCAGCUGAAAUCACUUCAAGCAGGACAAUUUGAUAACAAUGAUCAACUCAACUUACUGUAGGUCUUAAAAAAAUCGCCUGUUCAACUACCUACCUACCUACCUACCUACCUACCUACCUACCUAC